AAGGUUUCAAAGUCAGAGUCAGAGUUCUCUAUCAUUCAUGGAAGCUAUGCUUAACUCUCGGUUGACAAAACUGAUCUUCCUUAGCAUUUUGUGAAUCAAUCUUCCUGUACCUGCUCCCAAAUCCAAGGCCAAAAAAGAAAUAAAUGAAAAUGACCAAGAAUAGAGAGAGAGACUUCUACUUGCAUAUGUAUCUCUUUUUGUUGCUUUCUACCUAACAAAACAAAACCAACCAUAGAAAACCACUGUCAAGAGGCUGCUAGGUUCCAUAUCACACAUUUACCUCCUGAUCUCCAAAGCAUAAAAAUCCUUCUUUCCUUCAUUAGUUUGCUGUCUCUCCCCUUCCUCCUAUUUGUACUGCCAAAAUAUCUUGUGUGAGUGGCAUAGUGUGGUCUACGGUCGUGGCAUUUUACCGAGUGGCAUAUUUUGCUGGAUCAGAGGGAGUUUCAUCAAUAAUGGGCAAUUGCUGGUUCAUUGGGAGUCCAUCCAAAUACAGAGUCUCUUCUACUGCAAAGUCAGAAUCUCCAAAAGACCAGAGUCCUUCAGUGAAAGAAGAGAAAAAGGACGGCAGCAAGUUGCCCUCCAACCCAGAGGAAGUUGAGGAUUUGCGAGGGAAUACCGCGACAAACCCACUUAUAGCGUUUACUUUCGAUGAAGUUAAGACUAUCACAGGAAAUUUCAGGCAGGACUAUGUUUUAGGUGGAGGGGGAUUUGGUAGUGUUUAUAAGGGAUUCAUCACCCGAGAUCUCAGGGAGGGGCUUCAACCUCUUCAAGUAGCUGUGAAGGUCCAUGAUGGCGAUAACAGUUUCCAGGGUCACAGAGAAUGGCUGGCUGAGGUUAUAUUUCUUGGGCAACUUUCUCACCCAAAUUUGGUAAAAUUGAUUGGUUAUUGCUGUGAAGAUGAGCAUCGAGUUCUGAUAUAUGAAUUCAUGUCUCGGGGAAGUGUCGAAUCCAAUCUCUUCUCAAUGUUGCUCCCCCUUCCUUGGUCUAUCAGAAUGAAAAUUGCAUUAGGUGCCGCUAAAGGGCUUGCUUUUCUUCAUGAAGCUGAAAAGCCUGUCAUAUUUCGUGAUUUUAAGACGUCUAACAUUUUGCUAGACCAGGACUACAACACAAAACUUUCUGAUUUUGGGCUUGCAAAAGAUGGACCAGUUGGUGAUAAGUCUCAUGUUUCUACUCGGGUAAUGGGAACUCAUGGAUAUGCAGCACCAGAGUAUAUUAUGACAGGGCAUCUGACUGCCAUGAGCGAUGUUUACAGCUUCGGAAUCGUCCUCCUCGAGCUCCUAACUGGAAGGAAAUCGCUAGACAAGACACGUCCAGUGCGACAACAGGCACUUGCUGACUGGGUGGCACCUCUGCUCUCUCAAAGGAAGAGAGUGCUCAACAUUGUAGACCCCAGAUUGGGAGGAGAGUACCCAGUAAAAGCUGUUCAGAAGAUGGCAAUGCUGGCUCACCACUGUCUCAACCGGAACCCCAAGGCAAGGCCUCUGAUGAGAGACAUCGUUGACUCCUUAGAACCUCUGCAAGAAUCUGUUGACUUCCCAAGUAUCGGUUUCAUUUAUACUGUAGUAUAUGAUUAGCUUGGGGAAAAUACUGGAUGCGAGUUUUUGCUUAAAAAGAUCGUUCAGUGUCUGUAACCUGAGGGCAAAUUGUUGAACCAAAGAUUUUGUCGUAGUCAGUUAUUGACAGAGUUAAAGUCGUCAACAGAGGGGAAUGGAAAAAGGAUAGUGUUCAUUUCAGAGAUGAAUGCAUGAUAUGUAUAGAGAAUAGUGGUUGUGUAAUGUUAAAUUUUGUAAUACUAAAUGUAUAUGCCACUUUUAUAAUGUGAGGCAUCCACAUAUUGUAUCA